AUGGUGACCCAGAAGCAUCGACGACACGCAGCAGCAGAAGUUUCCAAGGAGCACUCUGCUCCUCCUUCAAACAGCAACAGGCACUUGUUGUCCGAGUCAGCCAGAAAACGGCAGAACCUUCCUUCCUUGAUUCUCAUGGGACUGGGUGUGACGGCCACUUUGCGUCUCUUUUUUCACGAACUCAAAUGCGCCGAAGACUCCACGGCACUGCAGAAUCUGGGCAAUGCUCUGGCCGAAACGUUUGCACCACCACGAAUAGUAGUACAACACCAACAACAAUCAUCAUCAUCCUGCCUGGCUCCCCUCCCGCCGAUUCGGACCCGUGGUGACAUGGUCAGACAUUUGCAGCAGUGGAAUUUUACCUCGGGGAUUGAAAUUGGGGUCCAACUAGGAUUGUUUGCCGAAUACAAUCUCAAAUCCUGGCCGGCAUGUCAAACAUACAAACUCAUUGAUCUGUGGCAACAACAGGUCAAUUACAAGGAUGCCGCCAAUGUGGAAAACUCGGUGCACGAGUCAUUUUUCCAGCAAACCAAGGAACGACUCCAGCCAUUCGAGAAGAUUACACAAUACUACCGAAUGUACUCCAAUGAAGCUGCCAAGAUCAUUGCUGAGGAGGGACAACAGGUGGAUUUUGUCUAUGUCGAUGCCAGGCAUGAUUACUGUGGUUGUAAAGAAGAUAUCGAACUGUACUGGCCGUUGAUCAAACCAGGAGGGAUAUUGGCUGGACACGAUUUCAUGGAAAAUUAUGAAGUGGCACCACAGGACUGGUCCAUUUGUAUGGACGGAUCCAUUCAUCCUGAAGCAGUCAAAGGUGCCGUCAUGGAGUUUGCAAACAAACAUAAACUGCCAGUGGGAGUGACAUACAGAGAAACAAUGUGGAACUCCUGGUGGAUUCGCAAGCCACUUUGUUGA